UCCCCCUUCAAACACCUAAAGGAUUGAAUCAAGCUUCUAGAAAUGGCAAAAACAGACCAAAAAAUCCUUUACAAUUCAUUUCAAGACAACCAAGAUUGUGUUUGUUCGGUUCAAAGGUGUUUUUGCUUCUUUUUCCUUCUUCUUUUCCUUCUUUUGAUAAUCCUUGGAGCCUUUGUGGCCAUUGUUGUGUUCCUCUUGAAACCUAAGAGACCUCAGUUUUCUAUGGACUCUUUCAGCCUUGAUUCUUACACUCUAGAGGCUAAGUCUAGCUCUGAUAUUUGCUUCUCUUCCAAUCUUUCCUUGGGAAUCAUUGCAAGAAACCCUAACAUGGUUGGGAUCAAGUAUGGUCCCUCUGAGUUUUCCAUACUCUUCCAAGGACUUCCAAUUGGGGUUGCAAAAAUUCCUGCAUUUUACCAACAUGCACAUAGUGAGAAGAUGCAUGUACAUAGUCAGGUGGUCCUUCACCACCUGAACCUUCACAAGAUGUUUAUAAAAGGUUUUAUGGAAGAGUUCUCUAAGGGUCACCUUGUUGACUGGAGACUUGUGGGUGAUAUAGAAGCCGGCCUACGUCUUUGGGGUCUCACAUUUCCGAAGGUUAAGGUGGCAAUAGAUUGCAUCAUAACCGUUGCCUAUAAAGGAUCUACGUCCAACAAAACAAACAACACCUUGCUGUCUAUUGAAAAGGUUGUCUUUAAUUCUUUUCCAAAGAUUACACAAAUAUGUCAAGUUGCCCCUUACAUAUAGCAAUCAACAAGUCUUUCAUUUCCAUUUUUCCAUGCCUAAUACAACAGAUGCAUUGGCUCAUACCUGAUUAAAGCCAACCCUCAAAUGCUAUAUAUAAGGCACAAAAUGAAGGGUUCCUAUUUCCUAGAAGCAAAUGUGCCUACAAGCAACAUGCCUUUAGUGCAAGGGGCCAAAAUUUUGAACCUAAGGGUUGGAUUGAGCAGAUCAGAAGCCCAACUCUAAUUCAAGAGGUCCUAAGGACUGGUAAACGUAUUGGAAACUCGGAGUUCGUGGACUCGGUAAUUUUUCCAAUUUCUUACACCAAUUAUAUGGAAUCUUAGAAAGACAGUGAAGUGCAAGGCUGCUUUGAAAGGGAAUAUAGUUGAUGUAGGCUAUUGCCUUUGAACUUGCUUCUUGAUUCAUUCAUAUUCUUUUUAUUGUCUGUAAUAUUGCCCAUUGAUUCAGUAAUGGGUGUGGUUUGUAUAAAGUUGCAACC